GACCGAUCCUCCUGCGCGCUAUCUUUGCAAGAGUCCAGAUCGAAUGCCAGUCUUACGCAUUGUGAACUGUUGGAGGCAGGAGUUCCUCUGCGUGGAUACCUUCAAAAUGCAGGCUCUCUUUGCUUCGACUUCAGGAUCAUUUCACUCAGUGAUGUUGCUGUGAGCGUGAGCCCGCUUGCUGAUUGCGAUUUGCAAGUCAAGGCAACUACUUCUGGGAACACGACGCUUCUUCAUCAACACUUGCCCCUUCGGUUUGUCUCCCAAGUGCUCCGACAAGUCAGAGCUGGACUUCUGAUGCUGGAGGUUGCAACUACGCAAAGUGCUUGUCAGUUUGACAUCCGAGCCCAGAUAGCGGACAGAGCGCCAGAUCAACUUGGACUGAGUCAGGGAGAAUCAACCGCCUUGACGUUGGAUGCCCCAGUUUUCGCUAGCGCGUCCAGCGCUGGCUUUUUCAGCUUUGCAUCCCACAUGGAAGUAGCCCAUGCCACAGAGCGCCAGUACUUGGAGGUCACUGUUGUUGCGCUUGCUGGAGAAGUCUUGGUUGACUGCUCUUAUCUGGUCAUUCCCACUUCGCAUUCCACGCAGCACAAGAGGGACUUUCUCAAGGAGGCCAUGAAGGCAAUGCAGCGGGCGCGUGCUGAUUUGAGCAAAGGCUCUUCGCAAAUCUAUGUUUGCCACGGACUGCGAGAGGCAUGUGGCGAAGCUCGGAAUUGCCAGCUGAUCCUUCGAAUUCAGAGCAGCCACCCAGGGCGUAAGUCAGACUUUGUCGUGACGGCAGUGGACAGGAGGAAAACCGCGCUUCUACUGCCGGGUAUCGCCACAUCGAACUGCUUGGGUCAGGCAUGUCGGGAAGCAAGUACCAGCCACAGGUUUCAGGUGUUCAUGAACAACCCCUCCACACGAGCCACACUUCGAUUGUCCUGCCAAGGACCGAAGAGGCAGCAAGUAUGCUCACAAGUAUUUCUUAGCGCGGAUGCCAGACAGGAAGCUCCUGCAAACCUUGCGGACAGGGCGUACUUGCCUCAGCGAGGAUCAAGAGACGGGGUGAUUGAAAUGGAAGUGAAGGCCGAAGACAAAGCAUCUCUGGGCCGCUGCAAAGUGCCCUGCGUGCUCCAGGUGUUGGUGGAGUUUCGCUCAGGUGAGUUUGCAUUCGCAGACUACCAACUUGAAAUGACCUUCAAGGAUCAAUUCUCCUUAGUGCUUGAUGGUGGCAUGCCGCUGCAAUUUGUAGCGCAGCCUGGAAAGCCAGAAUACUUCCUGUUUGAUGCACGACAAACUGCCCUGUCAACGCUUGAACUUGAUGUUCCUCUUGAUGAACUGGAUCCCGAAGGUAACUUGGUCAACAUGUACAUCCUCGACUGCGCUUCUCAGCACAAGGAUUCGGCAGCUCGACCAUCCAAGGAGCAUUUCAGUCACCGUGGUGCCUUGAACUCGCGAUGGCAGCUCAUGGCUACAGUGGCAAACACAGCUGAGCAGGAGGGCACGGACAAAGGCUUGGCAUGCCCCGGCACCAGCAUUGCGGUCAUCUCCCAUAGAGUCCACCCAGUGUCGCUGGCAAUCCGCGGGUACGGCUGGCACCCAGGAACUCCGUUGCUCUACAGCGAGCCAUUGGAAGGAUUUGUUGACGGUCGAUUUUCCGUUAGUUACGAAGUGCACGCAGAGGAGGAUGCGCAGGAGAGUUCGCCCUUGAUCUGGAGGUCUGCGCUGGGCAUGUCCGCUUGCAGACUUCCGCUUUGCCCGAGGCAAGGCACUGGAUAUGACCUCCAAGAGGGCUUUGCUCGCUUCAAGAUGCCCUUAAAGCCCAACCGCUGGAUCCAGGUCUCCUCCAGAGAUGGCAAUUAUGCGCGCUUCAUGAUUCUGGUGCAGGGAGUGAGCGACUUGGCCUGGCUUGAUGCAGACAAAGGAAGGCAGCUUCGUGUGGAGCAACGCGAGAGAAGCAUGAGCCUAGUUGGACACUUUCUUCUAGUAUGUCCUUAG